UUCUUUGCCUCCGGCUGGGCCCGGUCCUGGAGAUCUUUGGACAGUAACCGGGGGAGUGACAGCUACGGUGGUCUCUACGUCUGCGACCGUGACCAUGGCCGAGAAUCCCGCCGAGCAGAAAGCCAAACUCAUUGCGGAGACCCGGCGGAGGUUCGAAGCCGAGUAUUUGACAGAUAAGCCAGAUAAAUAUGACCCGCGUGAUGUUGAAAGGCUGCAACAAGAUGAUAACUGGGUUGAAAGUUAUUUAUCUUGGCGACAGAAUGCUGUAGAUGAAACAAUGAAGAUGAUUGAUGAGAGUUUUCAGUGGAGGAAAGAAAUGGCUGUCAACGACCUGAGUGAGUCCUCCAUUCCCAGAUGGUUAUUGGAAAUUGGUGGUAUUUAUCUGCAUGGUUAUGACAAGGAAGGCAACAAGCUGUUCUGGAUCAGGGUGAAGUAUCAUGUAAAAGACCACAAAACCAUAUUGGACAAAAAGAAGCUUAUAGCAUUCUGGUUGGAGCGUUAUGCUAAGAGAGAAAAUGGGAAACCCGUAACAGUGAUGUUUGACUUGUCAGAAACUGGAAUAAAUAGCAUAGACAUGGACUUUAUACGCUUUAUCAUCAACUGCUUUAAGGUUUAUUAUCCUAAAUACAUCUCAAAAAUAGUGGUCUUUGAUAUGCCUUGGAUAAUGAAUGCUGCUUUCAAAAUUGUGAAAACCUGGCUUGGCCCAGAAGCAGUGAGUUUAUUGAAGUUUACAAGUAAACAUGAAGUCCAAGACUAUGUCAGUGUAGAAUACCUGCCUCCCCACAUGGGUGGAACUGAUCCCUUUAAGUACAACUACCCACCACUAGUGGAUGAUGACUUCCAAACACCAUUGUGUGAAAAUGGACCUAUUGCCAGUGAGGAUGAAGCUUCAAGUAAAGAAGAUAUAGAAAGUGAUACUAAAGAAACCUUGGAAACAAUGUCUAGUGAAGAACAAACAGCUCUUCCCAAAAAGAUGAACCUAACUGAAUCUACAUCCAAAGCAGAAGAAAAUGAAAAAGUGGAUUCCAAAAUGAAAACUUUCAAGAAACCACUGAGUGUGUUAAACACACCACUGAGUGUGUUUAAAGGGCACUUGUUACACAUCAGCCCAGCAGAAGAACUGUAUUUUGGAAGUACAGAAUCUGGAGAGAAGAAAACUUUAAUAGUAUUGACAAAUGUAACUAAAAAUAUAGUGGCAUUUAAGGUGAGAACAACUGCACCAGAAAAAUACAGAGUCAAGCCCAGCAACAGCAGCUGUGACCCUGGUGCAUCAGUUGAUAUUGUCGUGUCUCCCCAUGGGGGUUUAACAGUGUCUGCCCAAGACCGGUUUCUGAUCAUGGCUGCGGAAAUGGAACAGUCAUCUGGCACAGGCACAGCAGAACUGACUCAAUUCUGGAAAGAAGUUCCCAGGAACAAAGUGAUGGAGCACAGGUUAAGAUGCCACAUUGUUGAGAGCAGUAAACCAACUACUCUUACAUUAAAAGACCAUGCUUUUAACAUAUCAGAUAAAGCCAGUGAAGAUAUAAAUCUACAACUCAAUCGUUUACUAGAAAGCACUAGGAAGCUUGAAGACCAACUCCAGCGUUGCAUCCAGUUCCAGCAGCUGCUGCUCUCCUUAACAGUGCUCUCGCUUGCUUUCGUCAUCUCUUUCUUCUAUUUGCUGUACAGUUAAAGAAGUGCUCCAUAGGAAACCUGGCGCCUCGUUAAUUAGCUGGAAAAGUAACAGCCCUCAACUUCACCACCACGCUCCUGACAGUGCUGCACGGCUGUGCUCCUGAAAGGAGAGACGCAGCACUUCGGGCCCAGAUACGCGUCUUAAAAAUAAACUGCUAGAAUAAGGAAAUGCUGACGAAACUGAUGAUAAGAGACUAUCUCUAGUUAGUAAAGGCAUAUGUGUUAUAUAGCUUAAGUAUAAUUUAUUUCUUCCUUUUGAUUUGAAUACUUUUAAAGCUCAAGCUUUAUAAUGUAUAUAUGUUAGCUGAACUGAAAUGUGUAAGUAACAUGCUUCACUGCAGCCAAAACAAUGUCACCUGCUUUUUUGGACAAAUUAUAGCUGAGCCAACUUAGUAGCUUUUGUACACUAUGUAAAUAGAGAACAUGUAUAUUGAGACAAAGUAAUUUAUGUAAUCAUGACUUUGUAAUUUUGAGAAUUAUUUCCAGGUGAUAGUUAAUAUUCCUUGGGAAUGUAAAACUAAUGCCAAACCACCUUCAGCCUUUGUUUCUUAUCUGCAUUCCUUAAUAUCCUGCCUUUUAUUAAUCUUGAACUUUUUAGGAAGACUUUGGAAAUCUGAGUUUGGUUGGGAUUUUUCUUUGAAGUCUGCUAAAAGUGUCCAGAAGAAAAAUCUCUUCGAGCCCACCUUCCAGCCUUCUCUGCCAUUUCAUUUUGCUCAUUGUGGCUGGACACUGACCCUUUGGCUGCAUUUAUUACAAAGGCCUGAUGCUCUCCAGAGGCCUGAUUCCCCACUGCUCCAUCCUCAGCAGGUUUUCUACAGGAAAGGAGCAAAGUAAAAUUUUUUGAAAAGUUAGUGGUCGAGAUAUAUAGUAAUAGUUUAUAUUUCCGUACCUGGUUAAAAAUCAGCCCUGAGGAGGAAACUGGACAGAAGAUGGGAGUGUCUGUAGGGAGGGGAAAUCCCAUCCAAAGUGUCCGGUCUCUGUGGAAGAGUGAAAGCUAAAACUAAUGGUGCCCGUGAAGUCUGCAUCCCAGGAGUCCUUGUCUCGCUGGACACUCUCUCUGCCUUUGUCAAAAUAGCCCUGAGGAUGCUUCCUCCACUCCUAAAGUGAUACACUGUGCAGGACCACAGGCAACGGCAACUCGUGUUUUCUUAUUGCCAUGAACAGUUUCAGCCCAUCCAUGCUGGUUCACAUGUAAACCUACUUUUCUGAAAGGAAAACAGUCUGGCUGUAAAAUAAAUUCUGAGUUUUGAUUGAGCUGUUUGGAGAUUUUUUUAUUAUCCUUGAGUGUAGUGUUGGUGGCUCUCAUCUUUAAAGUUGAUGAUUCGAAACCUGAGUUGUGAAGAAUAUUCAGCAGCAUCCCUUCAAAACUGGCCUAGGACAUAAAGCCUUAAAAGGACACUGGUCUGCUACUCUGUCUUACUUUGGGUUUUUCUGUUUCAGUUUGCCAGCCCCAGACGGGAGAGAGACUGCAGCGCACCCUGAGCCCUGCCCUAGUAACUCCUAUUGCGCACGGCGGUCCUAUAUGCUCCACGC